AUGACGGCGAGCACUGUCGCUAAAGUAUCAGCAGCGGCCGGGGAUUCGGGCACCCCGGGCCCAGCGACAGAAGACGCCGCUAUGAAGGGCGUCGAAGCCACUCCAGAAGAACAAGAACGGUUAGCAGUUGGGAAUAAUAAUGGCUCACUGGAUUGUAAACAUACGGCCCCACGGCCGCAGCCGAUCGGGCAUCGCUCAGUCUUCCACUCGACGCGUGUUUUCAUGCUCGUAUUCCUUUCGGGUUGGGUGCUUCAAGGAAUGUUUCUCACUUACUUCGUCAGUGUGACGACGACUGUAGAAAAAUUGUUUAAAGUAGAAUCCAAGACGACUGGCACAUUAUUGGCGGCGACUGAGAUAGGACAAAUAUGUACAGCUUUAUUCCUCACAUACUUGGCGGGGCGAGGGCACCGGCCGCGAUGGAUCGCGUGCAUGAUGCUUGUGCUCGCCGUGGGCGUGAUCGGGUGCGUGAUGCCCCAUGUGUUCUAUGGCACGAAGUUACUCGAUGUGCACUUGGAUGCACAUAGAGCGGGUGCUGCACCUGUUUGUCAUUCGGCCCAAAAUUCGUCUAUGUGUGACGACGAACAUGUUAAGAGUCGAGACACUCGCUCGAAUAUUACGGCGGUCGUGAUUCCAUGGCUAUUCAUCUGCCUGCUGGUGGUGGGCGUCGGUCAGACUGGCAUCGCCACCCUUGGAAUCCCGUACGUAGACGACAACGUCGGCAGCAAGCAAUCGCCGCUCUAUAUGGCUAUCACUAUCGGCAUCAGGGUGAUUGGCCCUGCGCUAGGGUUCCUGCUUGGAGCUUUGUGCACCAGGGUCUAUGUAGACCCCUUGUUGCAACCUGACUUUGACGCUAGCGAUCCAAGAUGGGUCGGCGCUUGGUGGUUGGGUAUGGUGUUUAUAGCCAGUUUCAUCGUGAUCCUUGCGACCCUGAUGUUCUGUUUUCCACGUCAGAUCAAGCAAGAGCCCCUCCCGCUCCCUGCAAAGAAGAAUAAGGAUAAACGGCAAUCAUUCUUUAAAGAUUUCUUUGCGACGAUAAAACGUCAACUCACGAACGACAUUCUGAUGUGGCGUACGGCGAGUUCUGUUCUUCAUUUAAUGCCCAUCAGUGGGGUCUACAGUUUCCUGCCCAAGUAUCUCGAGAAGCAGUUCCGACUGCCCACACAUGAUGCCAACCUUGUCUCGGGUCUGGGUGGUAUCUUAGUGAUGGGUUUGGGUACAAUCACGUCUGGCGUGAUAAUAUUGAAGCUUGUGCCAUCUGCUAAACAAGUAGCGGCAUGGACGGCUGCUAGUGCUGCCAUCUAUAGUGCUGGUAUGAUAGUGUUGAUGUUUGUCAGUUGCCCCGAAGAGAACUAUGCUAUGAUCAGCGAGGGUACGAUCGCGAACAGCGGGCUAGACUGCAGCUCUGGCUGCAACUGUACCAAUGUCCCCUUCAAUCCUGUUUGUGGACAGGACUCUUUUACGUACCUGUCGCCUUGCCAGGCAGGAUGUCUCGACAGUCAUCAGUUAGACAACAAUACGUGGCUGUACACCAAGUGUUCCUGCAUCAAAGCGGACGGUUAUGGAGACAAGGCACUUGCUACGCUGGACCGUUACAGUCUGCACAACACGUCGUCGGACUGGUCGGGUGACUUGGGAUUCGCGGUGAGUGGUGAGUGCAAGGGGCCGUGCAACCAGAUCUACACGUUCGUGGCGGUGUUCGCCGCCAUCAUGUUUGUGCACGCCAGCGGAGAGGUGGGGGCCGUGCUGCUCAUUAUACGCUGUACUGACAAGCAAGAUAAAGCGAUGGCGAUGGGCGUGAUCCAGUUUGCGAUCGGCGUGUUCGGCAACGUGCCCUGCCCCAUCGUGUUUGGCGCCGCCGUGGACGCGGCGUGCCGCGCGCGCGACGUGCUCUGCAACGUGCUCGGCGCCUGCGUCUCCUACGACAACGACAGCUUCCGACACUUCUACCUCGCUUCCGACACUUCUACCUCGGUACGUAACACAUGUGCGUGCCGCGCGCGACGUGCUCUGCAACGUGCUCGGCGCCUGCGUCUCCUACGACAACGACAGCUUCCGACACUUCUACCUCGGUACGUAACACAUGUGCGUGCCGCGCGCGACGUGCUCUGCAACGUGCUCGGCGCCUGCGUCUCCUACGACAACGACAGCUUCCGACACUUCUACCUCGCUUCCGACACUUCUACCUCGGUACGUAACACAUGUGCGUGCCGCGCGCGACGUGCUCUGCAACGUGCUCGGCGCCUGCGUCUCCUACGACAACGACAGCUUCCGACACUUCUACCUCGGUACGUAACACAUGUGCGUGCCGCGCGCGACGUGCUCUGCAACGUGCUCGGCGCCUGCGUCUCCUACGACAACGACAGCUUCCGACACUUCUACCUCGCUUCCGACACUUCUACCUCGGUACGUAACACAUGUGCGUGCCGCGCGCGACGUGCUCUGCAACGUGCUCGGCGCCUGCGUCUCCUACGACAACGACAGCUUCCGACACUUCUACCUCGGUACGUAACACAUGUGCGUGCCGCGCGCGACGUGCUCUGCAACGUGCUCGGCGCCUGCGUCUCCUACGACAACGACAGCUUCCGACACUUCUACCUCGCUUCCGACACUUCUACCUCGGUACGUAACACAUGUGCGUGCCGCGCGCGACGUGCUCUGCAACGUGCUCGGCGCCUGCGUCUCCUACGACAACGACAGCUUCCGACACUUCUACCUCGGUACGUAACACAUGUGCGUGCCGCGCGCGACGUGCUCUGCAACGUGCUCGGCGCCUGCGUCUCCUACGACAACGACAGCUUCCGACACUUCUACCUCGGUUUAUCGGCGACACUGAUGUUCCUGGCGUUCAUAAUGGACCUGUUGGUGUGGAGCAAGGCGGGGCGCAUCGACAUGAACCCGGCGGAGGCGUGCUCGCCCGACGCCGAGCCCUUCGCCCCUCGCCCCGCGCCACCCGCCCCCGCACCCGCGCUCGCCCCCGCCCCCGUCCCGCCCGGCGACACCCAGCUCUGA